GCCGACCCCUUCCGCGGCACGCCGCCCUGCGCCGAGCCCCCGCUGCCCCGCGCCGACGGGCGCGAGCUCAUGUACCGCUGGAUGAAGCACGAGCCCCUGGGGCCCUACCUGGACGAGGCCGAGGCCGAGAAGGAGCUGGAGCGGGAGGAGAAGGGCGAGUCGCCGCCCGCGGCGCCGCAGCCUCGCUACCCCAGCGUGGAGAGCAACGACCUGGAGCCCGACAACAGCACCAGCGAGGACACGGGCAGCAGCGAGGGCCCCUCGCCCGGCGACGCGCUCGACCGCUACUGCAACCACCUGGGCUACGAGCCCGAGAGCCUGGGCGACAACCUCUACGUGUGCAUCCCCUGCGGCAAGGGCUUCCCCAGCUCGGAGCAGCUCAACGCCCACGUGGAGGCCCACAACGAAGAGGAGCUCUAUCACAAGGCGGCCGCCGAGCAGGCCGUGCCGUUCCUGGACAAGGGCGGCCCGGGGCUGGGCGACAUCCUGCGGCCCUACCGCUGCUCGUCCUGCGACAAGUCCUACAAGGACCCGGCCACGCUGCGGCAGCACGAGAAGACGCACUGGCUCACGCGGCCCUACCCGUGCACCAUCUGCGGCAAGAAGUUCACGCAGCGCGGCACCAUGACGCGCCACAUGCGCAGCCACCUGGGCCUCAAGCCCUUCGCGUGCGACGCGUGCGGCAUGCGCUUCACGCGCCAGUACCGCCUCACCGAGCACAUGCGCAUCCACUCGGGCGAGAAGCCCUACGAGGGCACGGACGGCUUCUCCGCCAUGGCCCGCCUCACCGCCGACCAGCUGGGGCUCAAGCAGGAGCAAGCGGCCGAGCUGCUGUCGCACACCUCGCACUUCCUCAGCGACCCCAAGGCCAUGGAGAGCCUCUACCCGCUGGCCAAGUUCACGGCCGAGCACCUAGGGCUGAGCCAGGACAAGGCGGCCGAGGUGCUGGCGCAAGCCCCGCACCUUCGAAAGCGAACAAGCAAUAAAGUGACAUUAACACAUGUGGCCUCGCGUCCUUCUCUGGGGCCGCGGCUGAGUGCGCUGCCGGGCACAGUGUGGAUGAGGACAGGACGCUCCCCGUCGGGGUUCGCGCUCGGCUCCGCUCGCUCCGUGCAGCCCCGGCCCUCGCGCGUCUUCGCACGGCGCCUCCAUGACCCGCAGCCCGUCGCCUGUCCAGGCGGGACCCGAGUGGCCUUGCGGAGCAUCCCGGGCUGGGACACCCCGCGCUGGCUCGCACCAAGGGGCCGGUGA